AUGAACGUGCUGCUGUCACCGCAGCCACCGUCCUUCUUCUCGCACCAACACGAUCUAAGUCGACGUUCUCCCACACGCCCAAUGUCUUCCCCGUUCUACACCACUUUCGGUUCAAGCCGAAAGCGAAAGGCCGAAGACGAUGGCGAUGAAAUGUCCGUUUCGCCUACUAGCUCUCCAGCUAUUCAAUCCCGACAGCUAGCCCCAAGAGCUACCAAGAAAAUCCGAUCGAACGAAUUAGCAGGGAGGCCUCUAUCCCUUCCUCGACUUCUCGAGACCCUCGACGCCACACAACUUCGAACUGUCCUGCAGACGAUCUGCGAGCGACAACCUGAGAUUGGUGAGGAGGUUGUGAAGAGUGCUCCCAGGCCGACCGUCGAGUGUGCGUUGCAAGUCCUAAAGGAAUAUCAGGACAAGCUGCGAGAUGCGUUCCCUUACGGCGAUUCAAGUUCCGACUACACGUACUUCCGAGUGAAACAACCGCUCGUAGCACUCAUUGAGGCCCUUGCCGAUUUUACCCCCCAAUAUCUCCCGCCUCACGAGACUAGCGCCAACGUCUCCUUGCAAUAUCUCGACGGUGCUACUAAGGUAGUCCAUGACUUGCCUGAGUGGGAAAGCCAUCGGCAUCACAAGGAAAACGCAUACGAUGAGAUAUCGAAGGCAUGGGCUCUGGUAAUCAACGAAGCAUCGAAGAGAGGAGCCGGCUUUACCCUGCAUUCGGCUGGGUGGGAUCAAGUUCUUGCUAAGCAUAAUCAGCAAUCAGGCGGCAGGCUCGGAGCCGCGAUUGCGUCUAUGAGCGCAAAUCUCGGGUGGGUCGGUGGACCAAGUGGCGGAAUCCCAAAUGCGUCUGGCGGCCAAAGCUCAAUUCUAGAUGAGUUGAUGUCAGGCAAUUACGGGUCGCCCGUCUCGGUUGGUCCUUGGUAGGAACCAAAGCCUCUCGGGAAAUAAGAUGGGAAAAGAGAAGCCCAAUAGGAUGGGUUUCAAGGUAAUUCGUAUACAUGGACAGAGUCACCAAAACCCCCGCGAAUCAUCUUGAAGGCAACCUGGCCUAAAAAGCACGAAAAGUAACGAGCAAACGACAUUAAAUUAGCAUCAAUGCGGCAUCAAGCAUAUAGCAGAUUAAAACAUCAUUAGUUGAGUGCGGAGGAUGGAUGCAUCUGCACAUAUCACAGCACCAACUCGCAACGAGAUU